CGGCCCACUGCUAUCGGGUAGGGUUAAAUAACGAAAAACUGCCUCCCCGAUUCUCGUCUCAGUCCAUCCUCCCCGCCCGCCAUCCUUCCACUCCCUCCAAAGCCGGCGGCUUUCCUGACGCAACCCAAAAGAAAAAGGCCUAAGCUUUCAAAGUUUCCAUUUUAAAAAACAAAGAGGAACAGAUUCAGAAGUUGCUUCGAAGCAUAUCCUCCAACCCCACCCCCCUUUUCUUCUCUUCUCUCUUCCUCUCACCACUUUCAUUGUAGAGAAGGGACGAAGAAGAAGAGAGGAAACGGGAGGAGAAGAAUACCCAUAUAGCCCAUCUUCAGGUAACGCUAUACCAUCCGUGUUUUGCCAUCUGCAGAUGUCCAUCAGGCAUUUCAUGGACUUGUGCUGAGAACCCAUUUUUGUUAUUGUAUUGAUUAUCAGGUGGGGAGAGUAGCAGAGGAAUUUAGGUAUGGGUAGGGGUUGCGUGCAAAUUGUUCGACGAAAUAAUGAAGGGGUGACCUUCUCUAGCUCUGGUGUCAAGGCGCAGCUUUUCCUUCAAGAGGCUACUGAUGCUCUCAAGCCGAAAGCUCGUAGCAGCAGCAAUGUCUUCUUCGCCAGUGUUAAUCAAGUUGGGAAGGGAUUCGGGGUCUCUUCCUCGCCGAAUUCGCUGGAGAAUUCCUCCACCGCCACCAUGCUUACUGCGCCCAAUAUGCAACUGAAGCUAGUGUCAAUAGCUGAGCCACCUCUGGCUGUGGAGAGCAGCAGCAUCCCCCCUGAGUUGCAGCUUGGAGAAGUUCUUGAGACGGUGGUGAAGAACACGAAGAAGAACAAGAAGGGUGGGUUUAAGUGGAGAAUCAAGGUGAGGAAUCCGGCGUUGAGGAGGUUGAUCAGUGGGGGGAUUGCGGGUGCUGUUUCGAGAACUGUUGUUGCUCCUUUAGAGACCAUAAGGACUCAUUUGAUGGUGGGGAGCUGCGGGCAUUCGUCGUUGGAAGUGUUUGAUAACAUUAUGAAGUCUGAAGGGUGGACUGGUUUGUUCAGAGGCAAUUUCGUUAAUGUUAUCCGUGUCGCUCCAAGCAAAGCUAUUGAGUUAUUUGCUUAUGAUACUGUUCUGAAGAACUUGACCCCUAAACCUGGGGAGAAGUCGAUGUUGCCAAUUCCUGCAUCCUCGAUUGCCGGUGGCCUAGCUGGUAUUACUUCCACCUUCUGUACCUACCCUCUUGAGUUGCUCAAAACCCGACUCACAGUACAGAGAGGAGUAUAUGACAACUUGCUCGACGCCUUCGUAAAGAUAGUCCGAGAGGAAGGCCCCGGGGAGCUGUACAGAGGUCUGACUCCAAGCCUAAUAGGGGUAGCACCAUAUGCAGCAGCCAAUUACUUUGCUUACGACACAUUAAGGAAAGCGUACAAGAAGGCUUUCAAGACCGAGGAGAUUGGAAAUGUGAUGACCCUUGUGAUCGGGUCGGCUGCUGGUGCAAUCUCAAGCACUGCAACUUUCCCUCUGGAGGUGGCGAGGAAGCAGAUGCAGGCUGGGGCGCUCAAUGGAGGGCAGUAUCGCAAUCUGCUCCACGCGUUAGCUGGGAUCCUUGAGAAGGAAGGAUUGGUAGGGUUGUAUCGAGGGUUGGGACCAAGCUGUAUGAAGUUAGUACCUGCUGCUGGUAUAUCGUUCAUGUGCUACGAGGCUUGCAAGAAGAUACUGGUUUUGGAAGAGGAAGCUCGUGUAGAGCAAGCAACGGGUUGAUGAUCAUCUUUUUUCCCCUUCUAGUGGAGUAGCUUCGGAAUUCGCAUAGAUACUUCUUGAUUAGGGGGUCGACUUGCCCUAAGAGAUGUGACCCUUGUGUUUUUUACUUGAUUAAAAAAGUAGGAUUAGAUUCUAGGCCAAUAAUUCAUCCAUGAGUUC